AUGUUAAUGCCAUACUAUAUCUAUCUAUCUAUCUAUCUAUCUAUCUAUCUUUCUGCGUUUAUUAUCUGUCUAUCUAUCUGUCUAUCUAUGUGGUUAGCAAUCGGCCAUAAAGAAAUCACAUCAGUAUCAAUAUCUAACAUUUUAUCACAGUGUAUUCAUAGAACCAUCUAUCUAUCUAUCUAUCUAUCUAUCUAUCUAUCUAUCUAUCUUUUACAGAUCAUUUCUGUCUUAGUCCGUCCAUAUCUAUCUAUAACAGAUUAUGUCUGCCUUAGUCUGCUCAUUUCUAUCUAUCUAUCUAUCUAUCUAUCUAUCUAUCUAUCUAUCUAUCUAUCCCAAUUUGUUUUCUAUAUGCCUAUGCAAAGCUGUUCAUAUCUAUCUAUCUAUCUAUCUAUCUAUCUAUCUAUCUAUCUAUCUAUCUUUUACAGAUCAUUUCUGUCUUAUCUGCUCAUUUCUAUCUAUCUAUCUAUCUAUCUAUCUAUCUAUCUAUCUAUCUAUCUAUCUAUCUAUCCCAAUUUGUUUUCUAUAUGCCUAUGCAAAGCUGUUCAUAUUCAUCUAUCUAUCUAUCUAUCUAUCUAUCUAUCUAUCUAUCUAUCUAUUUUUACAGAUCAUUUCUGUCUUAUCUGCUCAUUUCUAUCUAUCUAUCUAUCUAUCUAUCUAUCUAUCUAUCUAUCUAUCUAUCUAUCCCAAUUUGUUUUCUAUAUGCCUAUGCAAAGCUGUUCAUAUCUAUCUAUCUAUCUAUCUAUCUAUCUAUCUAUCUAUCUAUCUAUCUAUCUUUUACAGAUCAUUUCUGUCUUAGUCCGUCCAUAUCUAUCUAUAACAGAUUAUGUCUGCCUUAGUCUGCUCAUUUCUAUCUAUCUAUCUAUCUAUCUAUCUAUCUAUCUAUCUAUCUAUCUAUCUAUCUUUCUUUUGUCUCAAUGUAAUCAGAUCAAUAUCUAUCUAUCUAUCUAUCUAUCUAUCUAUCUAUCUAUCUAUCUAUCUAUCUAUCUAAAUUAUUAUUUAAUUCUGCCAUUGCCAUACUAUUUUUUUAUUUAUUUCCCUGUGUCCCUAGCAUUCUGUCACAAUGAAAUCAUAUCAAUAUCAAAGUAUAUGAAUCUAUAUAAAUGUGUCCAUCUAUCUAUCUAUCUAUCUAUCUAUCUAUCAUUCUGUCACAAUGAAAUCAUAUCAAUAUCAAAGUAUAUGAAUCUAUAUAAAUGUGUCCAUCUAUCUAUCUAUCUAUCUAUCUAUCUAUCUAUCUAUCUAUCUAUGUAA